UCUAUGUUAUUUUCCGACAGUGCGGAUAUUGCGUCAGCAUUGUCGCUGCUGUGAGGUCAUGUGACGCAUGUGUUUGGCUCCCGUCAAAACAAGAGGAACGAGCGUACGUAAACGCGGAUGCAUCGUGACGCGGACGGACAGUGGUGUUCCGCUUGAUUCUGAACGGUAGGGCACGUACGGACCUCGUUUUCUUACCUGCUGCGUUAGCGAAAAAAGGUUGCCGAGGAACGCCGCCGACGCCGCCAGUCACAAUUGAAUGUCGCAGGAGACGACCGCCGGAGCGAGGCCUAGAGCGCUCGCGAGUUGACGGCGGGCGUCGAUCGUGUUCGGUCGGACUUGCCACCGCGGAUACUUUGAUGGCGGAUGGUCCCGUUCUGGGUUCGCCAUGUAAGUCACGGACCCGAUUGGAAAGUCGACACCCCGGAAACGGGCAGCAGGAACCGGCAUGAGUGCCAGCGGUCUAGGCGGCAGCGGCGGCAACACGCUGCGGCGGUCUGCGGGCUCGUCGGACCCGGGCGUCGCUGCCGCCGCGGCGGGCGAGGACGCGGGCGUCGAAUGGCUCUACGAGAUCCUGCGCGAGGUGCAGCUAGAACAGUUCUUCAUGAAGAUCCGGGACGAGCUGCAGGUGACGCGGCCGCGCCACUUCGACUUCGUCCAGACCGAGGACCUCGAGAAGAUCGGCAUGGGCAAGCCCGCGGCGCGUCGUCUGCUCGACACGGUCAAGAAGCACCGCGCGUCCCAGUGGAAGCGGAACCUGCUCAGCCGCCUGCUUCCCGUCGGCGUCAAGGCCCGGGGCUCGUCCUCGCCGCAGCAACAGCAGCCGUCGGUCGUGAUCGGGGCCUCGCCGACGGGCGACCUGAGCACGCUGACGUGCCUGAUCAACGAGAAGGACGUGACGCUGGCGAGCAAGCUGGGCGACGGCUCGUUCGGCGUCGUGGUGCGCGGCGAGUGGGACGCCCCGGACGGCCGCACCAUCCCGGUGGCCGUGAAGAUACUCAAGGAGGACGCCCUGUCCCAGCCGGGCGCCUUCGAGGACUUCAUGAAGGAGGUGAACGCGAUGCAGCAGCUCCGCCACCCGAAUCUCAUCCAGCUGUUCGGCGUGGUGCUCAGCGCGCCGCUCAUGAUGGUCACCGAGCUGGCUCCACUGGGCUCGCUGCGCGACUACCUGCGCAAGCAGUGCCGCCGGCUGCCGGUGUCCCGGCUCGUCGAGUACGCCGUGCAGGUGGCCAACGGCAUGGCGUUCCUCGAGUCGCGCCACUUCAUCCACCGCGACCUGGCUGCGCGCAACGUGCUCCUGGCGGCCGCCAACGCGGUCAAGAUCGGCGACUUCGGCCUCAUGCGCGCCCUGCCCAGUCACGAGGACUGCUACGUCAUGGCCGAGCAGAAGAAGGUUCCGUUCCCGUGGUGCGCCCCGGAGAGCCUCAAGUCGCGCCACUUCUCGCACGCCAGCGACACUUGGAUGUUUGGCGUCACCCUGUGGGAGACGUUCAGCUUUGGCCAGGAGCCCUGGGUGGGGCUGAGCGGUGCACAGAUCCUGCAGCGCAUCGACCAGCUUGGGGAGCGGCUGCCCCAGCCCGAGGCCUGCCCCGGGGAUGUCUACCAGCUGAUGCUCCAGUGUUGGGCGCAUGCACCGGCCGACCGGCCCACGUUUCCCGCGCUCAAGGACUUCCUUCUCGAAGCACGGCCACCUGUGCUGCGCGCACUGCGAACUGUGCAGGAGAGCGGCCGACUAGAACUGGAGCUGGGCGACCUGGUCGAGGUUCUGGACGGCAGGCCCGAGCACCACUGGUGGCGGGGCCAGAGCCAGCGUACCUUCCGCAUCGGGCAGUUCCCCCGCAGUGCCUGCGAGUCCUUGUCGCGUGUCAGCCCACGCGACAUCAGCAGACCUCUGCGAAAUAGCUUCAUUCAUACGGGCCACAUGGACGUGAGCGGCCGCACCUGGGGUGACCCGGGUUCCAUCGAUGAACUGUACCUGCGCAACCCCAUGGAGCCUCCGGACCUGUUGGGCCUGCCCCCCGAGGAUGACGAACCGCCCCCUCCACUGGCCACGCGACUGCAAGAGCUUGCUCGCCGCUCCUCGCAGAACAACCCCAUCACCAAGAGGACGACGCAGAUGCGCCAGUACAGCUACAACCGCUUUAUCGACGAGCGGACCGAUCCUAGCGAGCUGGGAAGGCAGAAUGAUGACCGGGCGGCAUCGUCUCCCAUUCGUCUGCUGGCACUGGGUGCUAACGGGUCAUCCGACGCCACUCCAGAACCCGAAUCCAAACCGAGCCCCAUCAAAGAAGGAGUCCUCAUUGACCUUUGCAGCGAAAUCGACACGACCCUCCAGGUUGCACCAGAACCCGUCCGCAAGUCAACACCGGCCGGUGGGCUGACAUUCCCCAGCGUCGGGGAGUCCAUUGCGACCUACUACAAUGUCUCAUCGGCCAAUGCCGAGCGUCCCUACUACAACGUCGGAACGCUUGACGCUAGGCCCACGUACUCCAAUCUGGACAGCUCCGAUCGGUACUACUCGUGUGUGACAGCUGACGGUGCCGCGCCGCUGUCGCGUGUCAGCAGUUGCCCCUCGCUGAGCGUCGACGACCUACUAUCCACGCCUAACAAUCACGCCACCAUCGGCAGUAACAAGCCCGCUGCUGCACCGCAGGGGAUGUCUCCACUGCCAGUGCCUUCGCAGCUGGAUGCCUUUGACUGGCUCGAUGCCAAGAUGGAGGCUGCGCGGAAAGCUCAGGCCUCCCCGAAGCACGCAUCGCUGUACGGCCGAUUGCCGCUACACUCCAUGGGGACAACCAAGAGUGCCACAGUGUGCGGUGUGCCCUUGCUGCGGCCUCCACCAUCACACGACAAGCGGCUCAGUGGCGGCAGCCGACUGUUCCCCAGCGACGUGCAGGUUACGGGCGUGGACCUCCUCCAGCAGCUUCCGCCACCUCCGACGCCCCCGCUUCCGGCACCACUUGCCCAGGUCACUCCUUCACAAGGAAAAUGUUUGGAGAGAACCAACUUAGGCGAAAAGGCAAGUGUGUCAGGACCAGUCUGUACAUUUGACAGCGCAAGACUGUAUUGAAUUGCACAUUGCAUUGCGAUGCUUAAAAUGCUCAGAUAGAGUGGCAACAGAACAGUAGUACUAGCAGUAUUUUACUGUAGUCAUUGAGCAAGGAAUACCUGCAGGGCCAUUGUAAGUGCCUCACCUUUUAGUCAAUAUCUGAGCUGUCAUGCGUUCAUGGAAAAGAUAACUGAAAGAAUGGUUAAAAAAGUUACAAUAGUGGGGCAGAGCAACAAAGAUAAUGAAGGAACCAAAAAGAAACAUUACAUAAUAGCACAUAAAAGCUUUGAUUUCACUAGAAUGAACACGAAGAAACAAUUACGCAACAGUACAAAACAACACAGAAAUACAGAGUACUGAAAAUGUUUUUGUAUGAAAAAGCUUAGCUCUGUUAAUGAGGGCCAUCUCCUCACUUAGUGAGAGCAGACCCUACAUGUGGAUGACAUUGCACCUUGUUGGGCAUGUCAAACAAGCCAGCAGAUGGACUUUGCUGUAGGAACAUGAGUGUCGUAUGCUUUGACAUGACAUUUUCAAAUGUAUAUGUCCAGUGUUUGUUUAACUAAUAUUUCGAAAUAUUCAUGUUAGACACAGGUGGGCUGGGACUGUGUACCAUUUGUAAAGAGCUCAUUUUUUCCUUUGUUUCUGCAUUGUGUACGGUCACAAGCUUUUUGCAUGACAAAUUAACAACCACACAUCAAUAUCAGAUGUAGAGCAACCCUUGAGGCACCAGUUGACGAACCAGUUCUCCUUAAAUAAAUUUUUACACAGUCUCAACACCAUAGAAACGUAGCAGGACAGCUCAAUGAUUUCAAACUUUUCAGCUUUUUAUUUUCAUUCACAAAAUUUGGACACCAUGCU